GUGACCGGCAAGAUGGCCGUCUUUCCUUGGCAUUCCAGGAAUAGGAACUACAAAGCUGAAUUUGCAUCAUGCCGACUGGAAGCUGUGCCCUUGGACUUUGGGGACUAUCACCCACUGAAACCCAUAACUGUCACAGAAUCAAAGACCAAGAAAGUGAGCCGGAAAGGGAGCACCUCUUCCACCUCCUCCUCCUCCUCCAGCUCCGUGCUGGACCCGCUCAGCAGCGUCCUGGAUGGCACCGACCCCCUCUCCAUGUUCGCAGCCACUGCUGAUCCUGCAGCCACGGCCGCUGCCAUGGACGGCUGCAGGAAGAAGCGUGAUCGCGAUGAGAGCUCGGCAGUGGGCUCGGAUUUCGAGCCGUGGUCCAGCAAGCGGGGCGAGAUCCUUACCCGGUACACGACUACAGAAAAGCUCUCCAUUGUGAGUGCGGGCCUUUCCCCAGGGUCCACCCCAGGCAAAGCUGGGAGCAGCACGUCGGCGAUGUCGGAGAAGGUCCGCACCAGGCUGGAGGAGCUGGAUGACUUCGAGGAGGGAUCCCAAAAGGAGCUGUUGAACUUGACUCAACAGGAUUACGUGAACCGCAUCGAGGAGCUCAACCAGUCGCUGAAGGAUGCCUGGGCCUCGGACCAGAAAGUGAAGGCUCUGAAAAUAGUCAUCCAGUGUUCAAAACUGCUUUCGGACACGAGUGUUAUUCAAUUCUACCCGAGCAAAUUUGUCCUCAUCACCGACAUACUUGACACGUUUGGAAAAUUAGUGUAUGAGCGCAUCUUUUCCAUGUGUGUGGAUAACCGCAGCGUCUUGCCAGAUCACUUUUCUCCGGAGAAUGUAAAUGACACGGCCAAAGAAACCUGCCUCAAUUGGUUUUUCAAGAUUGCUUCCAUCCGGGAACUCAUUCCGAGAUUCUAUGUGGAAGCAUCCAUCUUGAAGUGCAACAAGUUCCUCUCGAAAACGGGGAUUUCAGAAUGUCUCCCGAGACUAACCUGCAUGAUUCGAGGGAUUGGAGACCCACUGGUGUCUGUGUACGCCAGGGCCUACCUGUGUAGGGUGGGCAUGGAAGUGGCUCCCCAUCUGAAAGAAAGCCUGAAUAAGAACUUCUUUGACUUCCUCCUGACAUUUAAACAGAUCCACGGGGACACGGUCCAGAACCAGCUGGUGCUGCAGGGAGUGGAGCUCCCGUCCUACCUGCCCUUGUACUCGCCCGCCAUGGACUGGAUCUUCCAGUGCAUCUCCUACCAUGCGCCCGAGGCUCUGCUAACUGAGAUGAUGGAGAGAUGCAAGAAACUGGGAAAUAACGCAUUGCUAUUGAAUUCCGUGAUGUCUGCCUUCCGAGCUGAGUUCAUUGCCACUAGAUCCAUGGAUUUCAUUGGCAUGAUUAAAGAAUGUGAUGAGUCUGGUUUCCCCAAGCAUCUCCUGUUUCGCUCUCUGGGGUUAAACUUGGCUUUGGCUGACCCUCCCGAGAGUGAUAAACUUCAGAUUCUGAAUGAAGCUUGGAAAGUUAUCACGAAACUGAAGAACCCACAGGACUACAUCAAUUGUGCUGAAGUGUGGGUCGAGUACACCUGCAAACAUUUCACGAAACGGGAGGUGAAUACCGUCCUAGCGGAUGUCAUCAAGCACAUGACCCCAGACCGUGCAUUCGAAGACUCCUACCCUCAGCUGCAGUCAAUAAUUAAGAAAGUUAUUGCCCAUUUUCAUGAUUUCUCCGUUCUAUUUUCAGUGGAAAAAUUUCUGCCAUUUCUAGACAUGUUCCAGAAAGAGAGUGUGCGAGUGGAAGUUUGCAAGUGCAUUAUGGAGGCCUUUAUCAAGCAUCAGCACGAGCCCACCAAGGACCCGGUCAUUCUGAACGCCCUUUUGCAUGUGUGUAAGACAAUGCACGACUCUGUCAAUGCACUAACUCUUGAGGAUGAGAAAAGAAUGCUGGCAUGUUUGAUUAAUGGAUUUAUAAAAAUGGUUUCCUUCGGCCGGGACUUCGAACAGCAGCUCAGUUUUUAUGUGGAGGCCAGGUCGAUGUUUUGCAACCUGGAGCCUGUUCUCGUGCAGUUGAUACACAGUGUGAACCGGUUGGCAAUGGAAACAAGAAAAGUAAUGAAGGGUAAUCAUUCCCGCAAGACAGCUGCGUUUGUUCGGGCCUGCGUUGCCUACUGCUUCAUUACAAUCCCCUCCCUGGUGGGAAUCUUCACGAAGCUCAACCUCUACCUGCAUUCGGGCCAGGUGGCCUUGGCCAAUCAGUGUCUUUCCCAAGCUGAUGCCUUCUUCAAAGCCGGGAUCACCCUCAUUCCUGAAGUUCCGAAGAUGAUUAAUAUUGAUGGAAAGAUGCGGCCGUCAGAACCAUUCCUUCUGGAAUUCCUCUGCAAUUUCUUUUCUACCCUAUUGAUCGUUCCGGACCAUCCUGAACACGGGGUCCUGUUUCUUGUUCGAGAGCUUCUUAAUGUGAUCCAGGACUAUACCUGGGAAGACAGCGGUGAUGAUAAAAUCCGUAUAUACACCUGCGUCCUGCACCUCCUCUCUGCCAUGAGCCAGGAGACCUACCUCUACCAUAUAGACAAAGUGGACUCCAACGACAGCCUCUACGGGGGGGACGCCAAGUUCCUGGCGGAAAACAACAAGCUGUGUGAGACGGUGAUGGCCCAGAUCCUGGAGCACCUGAAAGCCCUGGCCAAGGAUGAGGCCCUGAAACGCCAGAGCUUGUUGGGCCUCUCCUUCUUUAACAGCAUCCUGGCCCACGGGGACCUACGAAACAACAAGCUGAACCAGCUUUCCGUCAACUUGUGGCACCUGGCACAGAGGCAUGGCUGUGCAGACACCAGGACCAUGGUGAAAACUCUGGAAUACAUCAAGAAGCAAAGCAAACAGCCAGACAUGAGUCACCUGACGGAGCUGGCCCUGAGACUCCCCCUGCAGACGCGGACCUGA